UGUAAAACAAAUAUAUUAGGAAGUGUCCAUAAGCAAAAGGUACACAUGCAACUAAGUAUAAGUUUAUUUUGACUCCAUAAACAGCAUGGAAGAUGAAAAUAAAAUAAAUAGAACUAAUUACAGAAUUGGGGAGCGAAUAAAAACUUAAGGAAGUUUUGAAAGGUACAGAUUUUAAAUUAAAAGGUGAUUUUAGGAGAAGUGGUACGUGUCCACUAUCUCUACUUAUUUUUAAUUUGAGGAAGGGGAGAGUUGCAGUGAUUUAUUGACAGUUUUGUAGACCUAUGCGUUUCUGUAACACAAAAUUUCAGGAUGUCAGAAAGACGCGCACACGAUAUAGCUCAAGCGAAAGCUGCUAGACUUCUUCAAAAACGUACUGGAAGCGUCUCAUCGAGUGAAAACAUUGGUCCAGCUCCUCCGCAUACGACACCAAGACGGCAUGCAAGAGGGGGAUAUGCAGCGUCCGUCAGCACCGUCGUAUCACGUAUGGAUCCCCACCAUCUUGACGAUGACAUUCUGCUCUCGAAACCAAUGCAAUAUGAGAACACCUACAGAAUGGCACCGAAGAAAAAGUUUCCAACAAGUAGAAUUGAAGCGAUUAUCAGUGACGCCCUUACAAGCUACCUUCACCCAGACAUUGAGUAUGAGCCUGAACAUUGUCGUGAUCUGACGAAAACUAUUUCUGAAGUUAUCAAAGCUCGAGUGAAAGAAACUGUUCUUCCGAGAUACAAAAUUGUCUGCGUUGUCAAUAUUGGACAAGUCAAUAGCCAGGGUCUUCGAAUGGGAAGCCGUUGCUUAUGGAAUGCUGAGCACGAUACAUUUGCUUCAGCGUCAUUUAAGAAUGGAUCAGUAUUUGCAGUCGGAAACGUGUAUGGGAUUUAUUAUGAGUGAAAAGAGACUAAGGGGUUAAAGGUCAACUCUGAACCCUCUUACUAGUGUAGUCAGUGUUAUUUGGUAUAUUUUAGAUUAUGUUGGAAACCUAUUGUGCUGUUGAGUGCUGUAUCAGCCCUCAAUGUACUCCACAUUCAAUGGGUUAGCACGUAAAAUUCAGUCUAGCGUACCUAUUUCUGACUCCCAGCUUUAGUUAGAAAUUUGGAAUAUGCGUGUAACUUUGCUCAGAAAUGGGUGUCCUUUACUUCUGAGUGAGUGCCCGCAAUUUUUCUGAAAGCUGAGUCUCGUUUACUUUUGAGUUAGUGCUUGUAACCCAUUCAAAGUCAAAUUUUAUUCACCUCUGAGUGAGUGUGCGUAACUUUGCUCAGUGAUGAGUCUCAUUUACUUCUUGAGUGAGUACCUGUAAAUUUGCUCAGAGAUGAGUCUUUUUUACUUCUGAGUGAGUGCUUGUAACUUUGCUCAUGAAAAUUGAAUUUUAAACUACGGUAACUCAUUGUAUCCGCUUUCUACAUGCUUCUAGAAGGCCCUCAUAAAACUACAUCUGCUACCAAAUGAGUGCUCCAGCCUAUGCAUACCUAAUGAAAUCUCGAAUUAUCCAAUAUUUUGCUACCUUUACUUUUAUGUGUAAUCAUUUAAAAAUCAAAUUUUGUACUUUAUUGUUCAUAUUUUAGAAUCAAUUUGCACAAAGAGUAGCAAGAUGCAUUUUAGGGGUUACUGCUGCCUUUUGUGAGGACUAUUUUGUAUCAACCAUAAGUUAUGAAUCCCACUUCAUUUGCCCAAAGUUUUAUAUCUAUCCUAACCCAGAGUAUACGUGAAUCCCACUUCAUAUGUUCACUUUAACCAUUUGCCUCAAGUUUUAUAUCUAUCUCAACCCAGAACAUCCCACGAAUCCAACUUCAUAUACUUACUUUAACUGUCAGUUGGUCCUGCAAAGUGUUCCUUGCAAAAGGCAGAAACCCGUUUAGUACUGUAGUAUGUACGUGUUUUUGUUUUAUUUAUGUAUUUGUUACAUCACAAUUCUUGUUCUAAUUUUCAAUUGUGGAAGAGUUGCAAUUAUGACAUCACACUGCUAACUGAUGACACCUCUCUUCUGUAUCGUCUUCUGUGCCUAAUUAACAGCGAUAAUUUUCAGUGCCAAAUUUUUGUAAAUUAUAGAUAAAAUUAAUCAUGUAUUUAACCAAAAAUUAAUGUAAUUUUUAUGAUUGUUUUUAGAAAAUUAAAGUCUUGAAAAAAUUAAA